UUUGGGGUCAUAACCUUAUUAUUUUUAUUUUUUUUGGUUCGGUUGAAGAGAAUAGCUAUUAGACUAUAGGGCUGUAAAAAUGGUCGUCUCUGAGGAAGCGAAUUUACAGCCAUGGACGACGGAGACUGUGAUUGCGGUUACUAUUUUAGCCAUUGUCAGUGUAGGUCUUCGGUUGCUUUCGAGAUAUGCGAAGAGACAGCCUUUAUGGUGGGAUGAUUGGAUGAUCUUAUGGUCAAUGGUAUAUUCCCCCUAGUAUUUGACUCCAUUACAAAAACAAUCUAACUAACGACAAAUGUCAGGCUUGGAAUCUCCUCGUCGUAGGCUUCAUAUUCGGCAUGCUAUCCUGCGGAAUGGGACUCCACGCCGACAUCGUCCCCCUCCCCAAAAUCGUCCUCAUGGCCAAGCUCCUUGUCGUCGCCGAAAUCCUCUACGCCUUCAAUCUCGUCUGGACAAAACUAAGUCUUUUGAUGAUGUACUACCGGAUCUUUCGCUUCCCGUACUUCAAGAAAUGGGCUUACAUCAUUGGUUCGUUCAUCAUUGCAUGGGUUAUCUGCGUCACCUUUUUGUUUAUCUUCAUCUGUGUUCCGGUACAGAAACUCUGGUAUCCGGAUUUACCAGGGCGAUGUAUCAAUCAGGUGGGGACUUGGAUUGCCAAUGCUCUCUCGACGAUUGUUAGUGAUCUGGCGACUUUGAUACUACCUAUUCCGCAGGUUUGGAAGUUACAGUUGAAGACGACCGAGAAGAUUGCACUUACUUGUGCUUUUGGUCUUGGUAGUUUGUAAGUACCCCUUUCUCGUCAAACAUGACAUUAGAUCUUCAGUGCUGGGAUAUGAACUUACCAUAACAUACACAGCGUCAUCUUCGCCUCCGCCUACCGCUUUUCAGUCCUCUUCUCCUACAGCUCCGCCGACCCAACCUACACCCUCGCCCACACCGUCGGCUGGACCGCCAUCGAAAUGUCCGCCGGCAUCGUCUCCGCCUGUCUCCCAACCAUGGGUCCCGCAUUCCAAUUCAUCGGGCGAAAAUGUGGGAUGGGAUCUCGAACUCCCGCACAAGGAUCGAGCAACAUCUCUCACAGCGGUCUCGCUAGCAAUGGUCGUGGAGUACAAGGCUCACCUUCCCGUGGAAGUAAAAGAAAGAGUCAAGGCCCUUUUCAUUAUCUCCCUAGUGAGGAUGCGAAGUAUAUCGGUCAUGGCUCUGAGACGGGGGAUGAGGAGAUGGAUCUGAGACCUGAACAUGGUCAUUAUGCGUCGGCGAAGGCGGGGAGGACGAAUAGUUGUGGGAAUGAUGAGGUGCCGUUGAAUAGUAUUGCUGUACAUAAGAAGUUUACGCAAGUUACAACAUAAUGGGGAAGAGAAGAGGAGUUUACAAGUAUUGUACUUCAAAAAAGGGACGCCAGGUAUUUGAACUUGGAGAGAAGGGGGUGUAGAGUCUAUGUGCAAAGAUUUGAAUCACGC